UGGACUGUGGCCGCCUUGUGCGAGCCGCGGUAGCGUUAUCGUCCGAUGUCCGACCAGCCCUCCUACCAGCUCGCCAGCCCUCGCGGUCCGCUGCGUCAGUCACGCGCCAGCAGGGCGUCCAGCGUCUCGCUGCGGUCCGAGCGGUGGUCAAAGACGUCUGAGGAUCCGCAGCUUCUGCUCGACGCGGCUGUGGCGGCCACCGAGCUGCGGGACGGAGUGAGCGUGCUCAGCGACGCUCAGCUGAGGGUGGCGUGGUGCGCCGCGACGAUGAGCGGCGUCUACCCCGGCCAGGCCCACGAGAACCAGGACCGCUUCGUUGCCAGAAACUACACUGUCGCCGAGGACGGCAGCAAGGCGGCCCUGUUCGGGGUCUUUGACGGGCACGGAGCAUCGGGCCACACGGUGGCCCAGUUCGUCUGCGAUCGCCUCGCCGAAGGCUUGAGGAGCGUCGCCGACACCGAGGCCAUCAUCGAGUCGUUUCAGCGCGUCGAUGAUCUCCUCGAGGCGGAGCCAGACGUGCCCAGCGUGACGAGCGGCACGACGGCGUGCGUGCUCGCGAUCGACGCGGAGGACGGCGUCGCCCGCGUCGCGAGCCUGGGCGACUCGCGCGCGCUGCUCGGGAGCCUCGACGGCGGGAGCUCGCUGGCGGCGGAACAGCUGUCGGACGACCACACCCCAGCCGACUACGAGGAGUACAAGCGGUGCAAGGCGAGCGGCGCGCGCAUCAUGACGAUGCCUCAGCUGCGCGGCCUCGAGCCGUGGGCCGACAGCUGGGAGAAGGACCGCGGCUCCGACGAUGACGCCGAGGAGAAGCUGCGCAUCUUUGCGCGCGACCGCGACAUGCCCGGCUGCACGCUCACACGCGGCUUUGGGGACAGCAUGGCAAAGAGCCUGGGCAUGAUCGCCACGCCCGAGAUGAAGACGGUGCCUCUGACCGCGGCGGACCGGUACAUCAUCCUCGCGACCGACGGCAUCUUCGACGCCCUCUCCAACGAGCGCGUGCUCGAGCUUGCCCGCCAGCACGGGGAGGGCCCGGGAGGCAGCCCGCGCGAGGCGUGCCUCAAGCUCGUGCGCGAGGCGGCGGAGGAGUGGCUGGCCGUCGACAGCAGGACCGACGACAUCACCGUCUUGGUGGCGCGGCUCGAGUGGCUCGAGCAGGACGUGACCGCGCCGGCGGCGGCCGAGGCCGAUCCCGGCGGCAGGCUCUCCACGGCCACGGAGGGCGGCUUCUCCUUCAUGCAGGACUAUGACACCUCGGGCUCGCCCCGCGUCUCGCCACGCGCCUCGCCACGCGCCUCGCCACGCGCUUCCUCACGCGCCGCGGCGCACAAGCCAGCAGAGGCGGCGGGAGGCGAGGCGGCGCCCGCCGCCGCAGCGCCGAUGCCGAUGGUGCGGCCGCUGACGAUGACGAGCAGCCUUCGCGCGCCGUACGUGCCGCCUACGCACAUGCGCAAGCUGCCGCAGCCGCCGCCGGAGACGCCGAGGGACGAGGCGGGCAACCCGUUGCCGAGCGCGAGGAGCGCUAGGAGCGACACGAGCGAGCCUCCGCCGAGCGCGAGGGGCGCGCCGAGCGCGUCUGUCCUCGCGCACCUCGCGCACCUGCAGCGCGACAACUCGGAGAACUCCGAGUCAAACAGCGCCAGGCUCAACCCCGACUUGCCCUCGCCGAGCACGACGCAGAGGCGGCCCGCCCCGCCCCAGCCCUCUCUCGGGACGCGAGGAAGAGCAACCCGAGCCUCGCUCGUGAGCUGUAGGCCUGGCGCGAGCCCUCCGUCGCGCCCGCUGAGCUCGCUUCAGAGCUUUCCGCGGCGGCCCUCACCGACGCGGUCGCGGCCAGAAUCGCCCGUCUCCUCGCUGACUUCCGUGCCCAGCGACGGCGAGCUGGUCCCCACGCCCGACAGCGAGCACACGCGGCUGGGCUGCUUCCACAAGCGGUGCGGCAAGCUUCUGCACACCUGGAAGCGGCGCUGGGCCACCAUCGGCGCCGGGUCGCUGAGGUACUAUGCCGACGCCAGCUGCACCGAGCUGCGUUGCUCGAUCCCGCUCGAGCACACCUCCGUCGCGGCGGUCACAUUCGAGGCGUCGCAGCUGCCAAGGGGCGUUGGUCCUCGCCGCGGCUUCCGGCUAAACAUCAAGGGCAGCAAGGCGCUGCUCGGGUUCCCUGCAGAUGCCGGGGCGGGGGAGGAGUCGCUAGAGGCGGCGGCGUGGGUCGCGCGGCUCCAGUCCAGAACGGACGUCUCGCCGCUUGCCGCCAGCAUCGCGUCGAUGCAGGAGCCGGCCGGCGAGGGGACCGACUUCAUGUCGGACGCGGAGACGCUCCCACCGACGGCGCGCGUCUCGCAGCGGGGCGAGGGCGACGUGCUCGCCCGGACCGUGCAGCAGGUGCUCACGGCGGAGCUGGAGGAGCUCGAGUUUGCCUUUGAGGAGUACACAAAGGAGCCGGUGGAGGAGGACCGCGCCGACGAGGAGCACGCGAGCGAGCGCGUGCCGAACUCGCACUCGCGCUCCACCAUCACCGACCGGCUCUCGCAGCGGGCCUCGCAGCGCGAGUCGGCCACCAUGGGCAAGCUGGUCUCCGAGCUCGCAAAGACGCGCAAAGAGGCGGCGGCAAAGGAGGAGGCGUGGCAGGCGGAGCGGCAGCGGCUCCAGCUGCAGGCGGACCGGAGCAAGGCGCUCGAGGCGUCGCUCCAGGAGCAGCUGCAGCAGGCGAGGCGAGAGCUCGCGGGCGCGAAGCAGGAGCUCACCGAAGAUGCUCCAAGGUACGCUGAGCAUCUCGGCUCGUACAGCGAGUACAUCAUCAUUGGCGCCGGCCCGGGAGGCAUGCAGCUCGGGGCCUUCAUGGAGGAUGGAGGUGUCGACUACCGGAUCGUGGAGCGUGGCUCUCGCGAGUACCUCGCCUACCUGCGUGCGUACCACCGCUUCCACCGACUGAAGGUGCAAUUUGAGUGGGAGGUGGCGCGCGUCUCGAGGCGACGCAUCGGCGAUCACGAGGGCUUCGCGCUGCAGUCGUCGGCCGGGCGUUUCCUCACGUGCAAGUACCUCAUUGUGGCGACUGCGCUCGGGCGGCCAUACGUGCCCGACAUGGAAGGCAUUGAGCUGGCGGACGGGUACGAGUCGGUGGACGCGUACAAGGACCAGCGCGUACUCGUUCUCGGGCUCGGCAACGCCGCCUUCGAGGCGGCAGGCCGCGCGCAGGCGACCGCCGGGUACGCGACCGCCGGGUACGUGCACAUGAUCGGCCGCUCGCACGGCGGUCUCAAGCAGUCCUACUUCACGCACUACGUCGGCGACCUACGCGCGGUGAACAACGGCCUCCUCGACACGUUCUUCCUCAAGUCGCUGGACACGAUCGACGUCGACACCGACCUCGAGGGGCGCAACUGCUCGCUAGCACGCCGGGUCUCGCCGGGCGGCAAGCCCGAGAUCGACUUUGGCUGCGGCGGCGGUCACAACCCGUCGUACCGCGAGGGAUACGAUCGCGUGAUCCGUUGCCUCGGCUGGGUCUUCGAGGACCGCCUCUUCGAAGACGCCGUCAAGCCGACACUCAACCGCGAUCUCGGCCUGCUCGGCGGUAAGUACCCCGCGCUCACAGAGUCGUAUGAGUCCGUCAAUGUCAAGAACCUCUACUUUGCGGGCACCCUCUCGCACGCGCACGACUACAAGCGGUCUGCGGGCGGCUUCGUGCACGGCUUCCGCUACACCGCGCGCGCGCUGUACAGGCUGCUGCGGCUCAGCCACCAAGGCGUGCGCUGGGAGAGCCAGCGCGAGCUGGGCAGCACCGCGGCGCGUUCGGUGGCGCUCGCCCUGCAGAGGCGCUUCCAGUCGAGCUCGGGGUUGUACCAGAUGUUUGGCGAGCUGUGCGACGCGGUGCUGGUGCGGGACGCCUCCGCCACCUACAUGGAGGAGGUGCCGCUGCGCUUCAUCGCGCACUCUGCCUUCCCAACCUCUCUGCGGCUGCUGCUGACGCUGCACAUGGACUACGGCAACAAGGGCCACAACGGAAGGGGAGACCUCUCCUUCGCGACCCGCGAGGUGGGGCGCGCGCACUACUCGCAGUUCCUCCACCCCAUCCUGCGCGCGUACGAGCCGUCGGCCGAGAGUGGGCUGCCGUCCCUUGUCUCCGAGUUCCACAUUAUCGAGGAUUUGCUGACGACGUGGGACGUCGACGCGCUGCACCUCAAGCCGCUCGAAGAGUGGAUCAGCCGCGUGUACGAGGGCGACUACACCUCGCAAGAGGAGCGGCUGACUGCCCGUUUCAAGGAGUACGAGGCCAACCUGACGCGCGAGGAGCGCCGCGCCGGCGCGAAGAAGGUCGAUCCCUACUUUGGCGCAUUCACCUUUCCCGCGGUGAAGGGAGCGAUGUGA